GUCCCUUUCCUAGCCAGAUCUGAAGCAAGUCUAGUCCAGGGAGGAGAGCAGAGCGAGGGGAUGCCAGCUAAGCUGCCUUAGAAGAGCAGGAGGAGAGCAGCCAUGGGUGAGUGGGGGUUCUUGAGCUCCCUUCUGGACGCGGUGCAGGAGCACUCUCCCAUGGUGGGCCGUUUCUGGCUGGUGGUGAUGCUCAUCUUCCGCAUCCUGAUCCUGGCCACGGUGGGCAGUGACGUCUUCGACGACGAGCAGGAGGAGUUUGAGUGCAACACGCGGCAGGUUGGCUGCAAGCAGAUCUGCUACGACUUGGCCUUCCCCAUCUCCCACUACCGCUUCUGGGUCUUCCACAUUGUGGUGCUCUCCGCCCCGGCGGUCCUCUUUGUCAUCUACUCCAUGCACCAGACCACGAAGAUCAACCAGAAGGAGAUGGAAGCAGGAGAGGAGGAAGCCAGCAGGGCGGGGGGAAAGGCCCCCGCAAAAUUCGGGCCCCAACCCUGCCAGCGCAGCCAAAACAUCAAGACCUUCUACAUUGUCAAUGUGGUGGUGAGGAUCUUGGCUGAGAUGGGCUUCCUGGUCGGACAGUGGAUGUUGUACGGCUUCCAGGUGGGGUAUCAGUACAUCUGCAAGCAUCACCUGUGCCCUCACCUCAUCGACUGCUUUGUCUCUCGGCCAACCGAGAAGACCAUCUUCAUCCAGUUCUACUUCAUGGUGGGGCUGGUUUCGGCCUUGCUCAGCUUGGUGGAGCUGGCCCACCUCUUGUUCAAGAACCGCUGCAGGAGGCGCCGCACGAUUGCCCCACCCACCACUGCCUCUUACGAACAGCAGGACAACUGGUCCAAUCAGAAGCAAGAGAAAAAAUCGCAGCACUUCCUGGCCCCAGCAGAGGGAGGCGCCAAUGGGAUGCCUUCUCAUGGCGGGAUUCCCAAUCAUUAUGAGCCCAAGGCUCACUUCCACCAUAAGAGUUCCACAAAGAGCAGCCGGUCGUCCCGCUCUUCUUCGGCCAGAGCUGAUUUGACCGUGUGAUGCCAGGGAUCUCCCUCUCUCCUCUGCCUAGCUGGUUGUUCCCUGGAUGAGCUGGACUCCUCCGGCUGGAAUAAUCACACCCGUGAACUGUGUCUGCAGCCUGGCCCAAAUUAAUAUCACAGACCUGAUAUCGGAUCAUCUGUUCUAGCUUGUAAAAGAGACCUGCUCCAAUCCUUGGGGAUUCGUGCUUUGCUCUCAUGUAUUUUUCGGGGAAUUGGGGUGGGGUUGGGGCUGGCAUCUUUCAUUUAUAGUGUGUUCCAAAGGAUGCAUAGGCUUGAAACCCCUAAGAAAUGAGUCAGGAAGCUACACGAACCGGAAGGAGUGGAAGUGGGGAGACAAUGACUUUUCUGACAAUGCACAAAACUCUUGUCCAGAUGAGCAACUCCUGCUUGAAUGGGCCAAAGAUUUGGCAGCAAACCUGACUGUACAGAAGUGUGAUGCCAGAUGCAAUUGGGGAUGCUGUUGGGCUUGGGCCGAUUACUGGCAGCGGGGAGAUUGCAAUAAAAGGGAUUCCUUUUUCUUGUUAAGAUGGUGUACCAUCGAGCCACUGCAUGUUCUGAAAGAGAGAAAAGAACUCUGUUUUAGUUAAUUGAAAACAAUUAGACAAACACCAGGUACAUUGAUUUGUCUGGGGUGCAGCUCUUGAGGCCAGGAGGGUCUGUAAAUCUCUUUGUAGGAAGAAUUGAUCUGUUCAGGAGAAUGUCCCCAGGGCAUUCUGUUGAAGCAAGAGGUGAGAUA